GAGGCUGGACCCUCUCUCCAGCCCCCAACGGAUGAGCCUUCUUUCCUUCCCCGGAGGAGAAUCCGGGGGGGUAAAAAAAAAAAAGAAGCUCAAAGCUCCCCGCGGGAGGGGGAAGAUCCAGCCGGAGGGGGAUCCCCUCGCCAGAUUGGAGGAACCAUGUGGGGUUACAGGGCCACUGACCACCUCUUCAUCGGGCUUUUCAUGAUGAUCACUGGCUGCUGGGGUCAGAUGAAUCGGCUGCCAUUUUUCAUCAACCACUUUUUCGACACCUACCUGCUGAUCAACGAGGACACACCUGUGGGCUCAUCCGUGACCCAGCUGCUGGCCCACGACAUGGACGGUGACCCACUGGUGUUCGGCGUGUCGGGGGAGGAGGCUUCCAGGUUCUUCGCAGUGGAGAGCCAGACGGGCAUCGUGUGGCUCCGCCAGCCCCUGGACCGAGAGACCAAGUCAGAGUUCACCGUGGAGUUUUCCGUCAGCGACAGCCAGGGGGUGAUCACCAGGAAGGUGAACAUCCAGGUUGGGGAUGUGAAUGACAACGCACCCCACUUCCACAACCAGCCCUACAGCGUGCGCAUCCCUGAGAACACCCCAGUGGGGACGCCCAUCUUCAUCGUGAAUGCCACAGAUCCCGACCUGGGGGCAGGCGGCAGCGUCCUCUAUUCCUUCCAGCCACCCUCCCACUUCUUUGCCAUCGACAGCGGCCGGGGCAUCGUCACUGUGAUCCGGGAGCUGGACUAUGAAGUCACACAGGCCUACCAACUUCAGGUCAAUGCCACGGAUCAGGAUAAGAACAAGCCCUUGUCCACACUGGCCAACCUGGCAAUCACCAUCACAGACAUACAGGACAUGGAUCCUAUCUUCAUUAACCUGCCCUACAGCACCAACAUCUAUGAACACUCACCCCCGGGGACCACAGUGCGUAUGAUCACGGCAAUUGACCAGGACAAAGGCCGGCCCAGGGGUAUUGGAUACACCAUUGUCUCAGGGAACACCAACAGCAUCUUUGCCCUGGACUACAUCAGUGGGGCCCUGACCUUGAAUGGGCUGCUGGACCGGGAAAAUCCCUUCUACACCCACGGCUUCUUCCUGACAGUUAAGGCCACGGAGCUCUAUGAAGAUCGCAGCCCAACCGAUGCCUCCGUCACCACCUCCUUCAACAUCCUUGUCAUCGACAUCAACGACAACGCCCCCGAAUUUAACAGCUCGGAGUACAGUGUGGCCAUCCCGGAGCUGGCACAGGUGGGCUUUGCGUUGCCCCUCUUCAUCCAGGUACAGGACAAGGAUGAGGGUCUGAACAGCAUGUUCGAGGUCUACCUGGUGGGCAACAACUCCAGCCACUUCAUCAUCUCCCCCACCUCCAUCCAGGGGAAGGCCGACAUCCGGGUGCGCGUGGCUGUGCCGCUAGACUAUGAGACCAUCUCCCGCUAUGACUUUUCUCUUUUUGCCAACGAGAGUGUGCCUGACCACGUGGGCUUCGCCCGGGUCAAGAUCACCCUCAUCAAUGAGAAUGACAACCGCCCCAUCUUCAGCCAGCCGCUCUACAAUGUCAGCCUCUUUGAGAAUGUCACCGUGGGGACCACAGUCCUAAGGGUCCUGGCCACAGACAAUGACGUGGGAAGCUAUGGGAAGGUCAACUACUUCUUUAGUGAUGAUCCAGACAGGUUUUCUCUGGACAAGGACACAGGAGUCAUCAUCCUGAUUGCCCGGCUGGACUUCGAGGCAACCCAGCGUUACACUCUGACAGUGAUCGCCAGGGACGGGGGAGGUGAGGAGACCACCGGUCGGGUCCGGGUCAACGUGCUGGAUGUCAACGACAAUGUGCCCACCUUCCAGAAGGACUCCUAUCUGGGAGCCCUGCGGGAGAACGAGCCCUCAAUCACUCAGCUGGUGCGGCUCAGGGCCACUGAUGAAGACUCCCCACCCAACAACCAGAUUACAUACAGCAUCGUGAAUGCCUCCGCUUUCGGCAGCUACUUCAACAUUAACGUCUACGAGGGCUAUGGAGUGAUCAGUGUGAGUCACCCGCUGGACUACGAGCAGAUUCCCAAUGGGCUCCUGUACCUAACAGUCAUGGCCAAGGACGCUGGCAUCCCGCCCCUUAACAGCACGGUCCCCGUCACCAUCGAGGUGUUUGAUGAAAACGACAACCCACCGACCUUCAGCAAGCCCUCCUAUGUCAUCACGGUGGUGGAGAGCAUCAUGGCAGGGGCCACGGUGCUGUUCCUAAAUGCAACAGAUCUGGACCGGUCCAGAGAAUACGGCCAGGAAUCCAUCAUCUACUCCUUGGAAGGCUCCUCUCAGUUUCGCAUCAACGCCCGCUCAGGAGAAAUCACUACCACCUCCCUACUGGAUCGCGAAGCCAAGUCAGAGUACAUUCUCAUUGUGCGGGCUGUGGAUGGAGGCGUGGGCCACAACCAGAAAACUGGCAUUGCCACUGUGAACAUCACCCUGCUGGACAUCAAUGACAACUACCCCACGUGGAAGGAUGCUCCCUACUACAUCAACCUGGUGGAGAUGACUCCCCCAGACUCUGACGUCACCACGGUGGUGGCAGUGGACCCAGACCUGGCUGAGAAUGGCACCCUGGUCUACAGCAUCCGACCCCCCAACAAGUUCUACAGCCUCAACAGCACUACGGGAAAGAUCCGCACCACAGGCGUCGUGCUGGACCGCGAGAACCCAAACCCCCAGGAGGCUGAGCUCAUGCGGCGGAUCAUAGUCUCGGUCACUGACUGUGGGAGGCCCCCGCUGAGGGCGACCAGCAGCGCCACCGUCUUUGUGAACCUCCUGGAUCUGAACGACAAUGACCCCACCUUUCAGAACCUGCCCUCUGUGGCUGAGGUGCCCGAGGGCAUUCCUGCUGGUUCCUCUGUCUUUCAGGUGGUAGCCGUGGACCUGGACGAGGGUCUGAAUGGUCUGGUGACGUAUCGCAUGCAGGUGGGCAUGCCCCGCAUGGACUUCUCCAUCAAUGGCAGCAGCGGCCUGGUGCUGUCUGCCGUGGUGCUGGACCGGGAGCGCAUUGCUGAGUACUUCCUCAGGGUGGUGGCCAGUGAUGCCGGCACACCCUCCAAGACCUCCACCAGCACUCUCACGGUCCGCGUGUUAGACGUGAACGAUGAGACACCUACUUUUUUCCCGGCCAUAUAUAAUGUCUCCCUGCCUGAGGAUGUACCCCGAGACUUUCGCGUGGCACGACUCAACUGCACUGACAAUGAUGUGGGGCUGAACGCCGAGCUCAGCUAUUUUAUCACAGGAGGGAAUCAGGAUGGCAAAUUCAGUGUCGGCUACCGUGACGGCGUGGUCAGGACGGUGGUCAGCCUGGACCGGGAGACCACAGCCACCUACACCCUGAUCCUGGAAGCCAUUGACAAUGGCCCCAGUGGGAAGCGGCGGACGGGCACGGCCACAGUGUAUGUCACGGUGCUGGAUGUCAACGACAACCGGCCCAUCUUCCUGCAGAGCAGCUACGAGGCCAGUGUUCCCGAGGACAUCCCGGAGGCCAGCAGCAUCGUGCAGCUGAAAGCCACUGAUGCCGAUGAGGGCGAGUAUGGGCGAGUGUGGUAUCGCAUCAUCAGCGGUAACAGCCACAGCCAGUUCCGGAUCCAUCUCAGCAACGGGCUGCUCAUGCGGGGGCCUCGGCCCCUGGACCGGGAGCGCAAUUCUUCCCAUGUGCUGGAAGUUGAGGCCUACAACCGGGACCAGGGUCCAAUGAGGAGCUCGGUCAGGGUGAUCGUCUACGUGGAGGACGUCAACGAUGAAGUCCCGGUGUUCACCCAGCAGCAGUACAGCCGCCUGGGGCUCCGGGAGACGGCCGGCAUUGGGACAUCAGUCACUGUCGUCAGGGCGACAGACAGGGACAUGGGGAAUGCCGGUCUGGUGAGCUACCGCAUCCUGUCUGGCUCGGAAGGGAAAUUUGAGAUUGACGAGAGCACGGGACUCAUCACCACCAUCGACUACCUGGACUACGAGACCAAGACCAGCUACUUGAUGAACAUCUCGGCCACAGACCAGGCGCCCCCCAACCACCAGGGCUUCUGCAGUGUCUACGUCAGCCUGCUGAAUGAGCUGGAUGAGGCCGUGCAGUUCUCCAACUCCUCCUACGAGGCGGCCAUUCCUGAGAACCUGGCCUGGGGCUCGGAGGUGCUGCGGGUGCAGGCCCACUCCAUCGACAACCUCAAUCAGAUCACCUACAAGUUCGACCCCAACACCAAUGCCCAGGCCCGGGCCCUCUUCAAGAUCGACGGGGUCACCGGCGUGAUCACCGUCCAGGGCCCAGUGGACCGGGAGAAAGGGGACUUCCAUGUGCUGACAGUGGUGGCAGAUGACGGCGGCCCCAAGGUCGACUCCACAGUGAAGGUCUACAUCACAGUUCUGGAUGAAAAUGACAACAGCCCCCAGUUUGACGUCACAUCGGACUCUGCAGUCAGCGUGCCAGAGGACGUCGCCCUGGGCCAGCGGGUGGCCCUGGUCCAGGCCCAAGACCCCGACGCAGGAAGCAAUGGGCAGGUGAUAUUUUCCUUGGCCUCAGGAAACAUUGGCCAGGUCUUUGAGAUCGUCACCACCAACGGCACCUAUGGAGAGGUAUUUGUGGUCAAGGCCCUGGACCGAGAAAGCCUGGAUCGCUAUAUUCUCAAGGUCCAGGCUUCUGACUGUGGCUCCCCACCUCGGAGAAAGGACCACAUUUUGCGGGUGACCAUCCUGGAUGUCAAUGACAACCCCCCAGUCAUUGAAAGUCCCUUUGGUUACAACGUCACAGUAAAUGAGAAUGUGGGCGGGGGCACUGCUGUGGUCCAGGUUAGAGCCAGCGACCGAGACAUUGGGCUCAACAGCCUCCUGUCCUACUACAUAACUCAGGGGAAUGAGGACAUGACCUUCCGCAUAGACCGGGUCACAGGGGAGAUCGCUACCCGGCCCUCCCCUCCAGACCGCGAACGCCAGAGCUUCUACCACCUGGUGGUCACAGUGGAAGACGAAGGCACCCCAGCCCUGUCGGCCACCACGCCAGUGUACGUGACCAUCCUGGAUGAGAACGACAAUGCGCCCGUGUUCCAGCAGCAGCACUACGAGGUGUCCUUGGAUGAGGGUCCGGACACCCUCAAUGCCAGCCUCAUCACCGUCCGGGCUCUGGACUGGGAUGAAGGCCCCAAUGGCUCAGUCAUCUACGCCAUCACCCAGGGCAACAUCAUCAACACCUUCUAUAUAGACAGCAUCACGGGCCUGAUCAGCACCAUGAAGGAAUUGGACUAUGAAAUCAGCCACGGGCGGUACACACUACUCGUCACCGCCACUGACCAGUGCCCAGUCCUCUCCCGCCGUCUCACCUCCACUGCCACGGUGCUGGUGAACCUGAACGACAUCAACGACAACCGGCCCACCUUUCCCCAAGCCUACGAGGGGCCUUUUGACAUCACCGAAGGGCAGCCCGGCCCCAGGGUGUGGACCUUCCUGGCUGUGGACGGCGAUUCAGGGCCCAACGGGCAGGUGGAAUACAGCAUUGUGGGCGGGGACCCUCUGGGGGAGUUUGUGAUCUCUCCAGUGGAGGGGGAGCUGCGAGUCCGUAAGGAUGUUGAGCUGGACCGGGAGAACAUUGCUUUCUACAACCUCACCAUCUGCGCCCGGGAUAGGGGCACCCCCGCCCUCAGCUCCACGAUCCUGGUGGGCGUGAGGGUCUUGGACAUCAAUGACAAUGACCCGGUGCUGCUGAACCUGCCCCUCAAUGUCACCAUCAGCGAGAAUAGCCCCGUUUCCAGUUUUGUGGCCCAAAUCCGUGCCAGCGAUGCCGACAGUGGCCGCAAUGCCCUCCUGACCUUCAACCUGACAGCCGGCAACAGGGACCGUGCCUUCCUCAUCAAUGCCACGACAGGUGUUGUCUCUGUGAACCGCCCACUGGACAGGGAGAGGAUCCCAGAAUACAAACUAACCGUCUCCGUCAAGGACAACCCCGAGAACCCACGCAUCGCCCGGAGGGAUUUUGACUUGCUGGUGGUCCUAAUUGCUGAUGAGAAUGAUAAUCAUCCGCUGUUCACCCAAGACUCCUACGAGGCGGAGAUCAUGGAGAACUCCCCUGCAGGAACCCCUCUCGUGGUUCUGAAUGGGCCAAUCCAGGCCUUCGACAAAGAUCUGGGCAUCAAUGCCGUGGUGACUUACACACUUCUAGGAGAGCAAAGUCAUCUCUUCGACAUAAGCCGCAGCACUGGCAUAGUGGUAGUGCGCCCAGACACUGACUUGGAUCGGGAAGCUUUCACCCCGCCACACCUGGAGCUGCUGCUGCUGGCAGAGGAUGUGGGGCUACUCAAUGGCACUGCCGAGCUCCACGUCUCCAUCCUGGAUGACAACGACAAUCAGCCCAUCUUCUCCCCUGCGGCACUGACUGUCCGGAUGCCGGAGAACAGCCCACCAGGAUUUUCUGUCCUCCAGGUGACUGCCAGCGACAAGGACAGCGGACCCAAUGGGCAGCUGAGCUAUCGGAUAGAGAGUGGGGCCCAGGACCGCUUUCUAAUUCACCCAAUCACCGGCCUGGUGCGGGUGGGCAAUGCCACCAUCGACCGGGAGGAACAGGAUGCCUACCGGCUGACGGUGGUGGCAGCGGACCGGGGGACGAGCCCGCUCUCGGGCACCGCGGUGGUCACCAUCCUCAUUGACGAUGUCAAUGACUCUCGGCCCGAGUUCCUCGACCCUGUCCAGACCGUGAGCGUGCCCGAGUCCGUCUCACCGGGCACCAUCAUCGCCGAGGUACCCGCCAUCGACCGUGACCUCAACCCCCGGCUGGAGUAUCACAUCGUCAGCAUCGUGGCAAAGGACGACACGGAUCACCUGGUGACCGAACAGGACCAGGCAUUUGCCGUGAAUGCGGAAACAGGGUCCGUGCUGGUGAAGUCCCCCUUGAACCGAGAGCUGGUCGCCACCUAUGAGGUCACCAUCUCGGUGCUUGAUGGUGCCAGUGACCUUCCUGAGCGUGCUGUCAGCGUGCCCAAUGCCAAGCUAACCGUCAACAUCCUGGACGUCAACGACAACACACCCCAGUUCCGGCCCUUUGGGAUCACCUACUUCAUGGAGCGGGUGCUGGAAGGGGCGACGCCGGGCACCACCCUCAUCUCAGUGGCCGCUGUGGACCCCGACAAGGGGGCCAACGGACAGAUCACCUAUGCGCUGCUGAACCUGGUGCCCCCAGGAUAUGCCCAGCUUGAGGACGAUUCUGCAGGAAAGGUCAUCGCCAAUCGGACGGUGGACUAUGAGGAGGUGCAGUGGCUCAACUUCACGGUCCGAGCUUCGGACAAUGGCUCUCCACCCAGAGCGGCCGAGAUCCCCGUGUACCUGGAGAUAGUGGACGUCAACGACAACAACCCCAUCUUCAGACAGGCGGCCUACCAGAUACCUGUCUUGGAGGAUGUGCCCCUGGGCACGGUCCUUUUGACAGUCACAGCCACGGAUGCUGACUCAGGCCCCUUCGCCCUCAUCCAGUAUAGCCUGGGGGAUGGAGAAGGCAAGUUUGGGAUCGAUCCUUCCACGGGAGACAUCUUUGUGCUGUCCGCCUUGGACCGGGAGAAGAAGGACCACUACAUCCUCACAGCUGUGGCCAGAGACAACCCUGGAGAUGUAUCCAGUAACCGCCGGGAGAACUCGGUGCAGGUGGUGAUCACAGUGCUGGACGUCAAUGACUGCCGGCCCCAAUUCUCCAGGGGCCAGUUCAGCACCAGCGUCUAUGAGAAUGAGCCCGAAGGCACAUCUGUCAUCAGCAUGGUGGCCACCGACCAGGACGAGGGUGACAACGGAGAGGUGGUCUACACCAUGGAUGGACCCGGCGUGGAGGCCUUCCAGAUCCACCAGGACUCGGGGCUGGUGACCACCCGGCGGCCCCUGCAGUCGUACGAGAGGUUCAAUCUGACGGUGGUGGCAACGGACCGAGGGCAGCCCCCGCUCUGGGGUACCUCCAUGCUGCUGGUCGAGGUGGUCGACGUCAACGACAACCGGCCCGUCUUUGUCCGCCCCCCCAACGGCACCAUCCUCCAUGUCAAGGAGGAGAUCCCCCUGCGCUCCAGCGUGUACGAGGUCUACGCCACUGACAAGGAUGAGGGGCUCAACGGGGCUGUCCGCUACAGCUUCCUCAAGACAGGCGCCGGAAACAAGGACUGGGAAUACUUCUCCAUCGACCCCAUCAGCGGCCUCAUCCAGACGGCUCAGCGCCUCGACCGCGAGAAGCAGGCCAUGUACAGUCUGAUUCUGGUGGCUAAUGACCUGGGCCAGCCGGUCCCCUAUGAGACAAUGCAGCCCCUGCAGGUAGCUCUGGAUGACAUUGAUGACAACGAGCCAGUGUUCCUGAGACCCCCGAGGGGCAGCCCCCAGUACCAGCUCCUGUCCGUGGCCGAGCAUUCCCAGCCGGGCACCGUGGUGGGCAACGUGACGGGCGCCGUGGACGCCGACGAGGGCCCCAAUGCUAUCGUCUACUAUUUCAUCGCAGCCGGAAACAGGGAGAAAAAUUUCCAUCUGAGCUGGGCGGGGCAGCUCAAGGUGUUGCGGGAUUUGGACCGGGAGCGGGAGCCCCUCUUCUCCAUCAUCGUCAAGGCCUCGAGCAACCGCAGCUGGACGCCCCCCCGGGGACCCCGGACCCACCUGCUGCUGGACCCCACCACCGACCUGACCCUGCAGGAGGUCCGCAUAGCCCUGGAGGACAUCAACGACCAGCCCCCGCGCUUCACCAAGGCCGAGUAUACCGCCGGUGUGAGCACUGAUGCCAAAGUGGGCUCGGAACUGGUCCAGGUUCUGGCCCUGGAUGGCGACGUCGGCAACAACAGCCUGGUGCUGUACAGCAUCCUGGCCAUCCGCUACAUCCGCCAGCACUCCAACGACUCGGCCGAGGUGGCCCACGUCUUCACCUUGGGGCACCUGGAUGGGGUCCUGCGGACCUUCGACCUUUUCACCGCCUAUGGGCCCGGCUACUUUGUGGUGGACGUGUUGGCGGUGGACCUGGCCGGACACAACGACACGGCCGUGAUCGGCAUCUACAUCCUGCGGGAGGACCAGAGGGUCAAGAUCAUCAUCAACGAGAUCCCAGACCGAGUGCGCCAGUUCCAGGAGGAGUUUGUCCGUCUGCUGUCCAACAUCACCGGGGCCAUCGUCAACACCGAUGACGUCCAGUUCCACGUGGACAAGAAGGGCCGUGUAAACUUCGCCCAGACGGAGCUGCUGAUCCACGUGGUGAACCGGGAUACCAACAGGAUUCUGGAUGUGGAGCGGGUGAUCCGGAUGAUAGACGAGAACAAGGAGCAGUUGCGGAACCUCUUCCGGAACUACAACGUCCUGGACGUGCAGCCGGCCACUUCCUCCCGGGCCCCUGAAGACCUGUCAGCUCUGCAGAUGGCGAUUAUUCUCUUGGCCCUCCUCCUGCUCCUCACAGCUGUGCUCUUCAUCGCCAUGAACUGGUACUACCGGACAGUACACAAGAGGAAACUCAAAGCCAUCGUGGCAGGAUCCACAGGGAACCGUGGCUUCAUGGACAUCACGGACAUGCCCAACACCAACAAGUACUCCUUCGACGGGGCCAACCCGGUGUGGCUGGACCCGUUCUGCCGGCACGCGGAGCUGGCGGCGCAGGCGGAGCAGGAGGACGGCCUCCCUGACAGCCUCAGCGACAUCACCGACCUCUGGAACUGCCCCGCACGCACGCAUGGCACGUUCGGGCGGGAGCCGUCGGCCGCCAAGCCCGAGGAGGACCGCUACCUGAAAGCCGCCAUCCAGGAGUACGACAACAUCGCCAAGCUGGGACACAUCAUCCGCGAGGGACCCAUCAAGGGCACGCUGCUGAAGGUGGUCCUGGAGGACUACUUGCGCCUCAAAAGGCUAUUUGCCCAACGAAUGGUGCAAAAAGCCACCUCCAACCGGUCCUCGGUCGCAGAGUUGGUGCAGGACGAGGAGGGCCGGUGCAGCCCCAGCCCCGGGAGCCUGCGUUUCCGCCACAAGCAGCCGGUGGAGCUGAAGGGGCCGGACGGCAUCCACGUGGUGCACGGCAGCACGGGCACCUUGCUGGCCGCCGACCUCAACAGCCUCCCCGAGGAUGACCAGAAGGCCCUGGGCCGCUCGCUGGAGACGCUGAGCGCCGACGCCCCGGGGGCCUACGGAGAGCGCGGCACCCGCACCGAGUCAGCCAAGUCCACGCCGCUGCACAAGCUGCGGGAGGUCAUCGCCGAGAGCCCGCUGGAGAUCACGGAGCUAUGACUACAAGGGGCACCGGUGGGGCCCGGGGGAGGCGAGGGCCCGCCCGCACACAGUCGCCGCCGCCGCCGCCGGGCAGCCCCCCGGGUCCGAAGGCACAGGGCCCGGCGCCCUCCCGGUCAGUGGCUUCACGUGGAGGCCGAAGGGUCGGGCGCUGCCCUUCCGGGCCCUGGCACCAGCUGCGCCAGACUCCGCUCCACCAGGCACUCAUCCAGCACCCGACCCUUCCAUCCAUGAGAUUUGUUAUUUUUUUAAGAAAAACAGGAGGAGAAUGUUCACGUCUAAGGCUGAGCCCGGGCCCCACCCCUGCCCCUGCUCCCCAUCGAUUCUCAGGGAGCCAACUGCUUGGGCCGAGCAGGCCCAGGGACCGAGAGAGCUAGCCAGGGCAGCCCUGGCACCUGGGCCCUGGGGAGGUGGACUUCCUCACCCCCCCGCCGCUGCCUUUCCUUCCCCGUUGUUGCACACCCCAGCCGGCGGUGUAGUUCCACCGCAUCGACGCACAGAAACAGCUCCCACCCGGGAGGGGGGGAGAGGGGGUGCUCCCGCCAGACCAGACCCUCCCUCCAUCGCACUGGCUUCCCCCCUCGGGCCCGACCACCCAGCGACGGGCCGACAGACCCACGUUCCCAGGGUUUUGAACGUAGAGUGUUUGUGUGUGUCACUUUUUUCCUUUUGCGUAGUCAUUGUUGAGAGUUUUGGGAACGGUCUGCUGGAGAGCUGAGGAACCGAAAUACACUUUAUGGACUUGGUUAA